CAUGCUCCCGUGACAGUUCAGUCUUCUUCACACAAAAUACACAUAAUAGGCAACAAAAGCUCUUCUGUGCCAGAAACUAUGAAGAUUGCGUCGUUCAACGUACAGAGAUUUGGACUGGCUAAAGUUUCAGAUCCAGACGCCCUUUCAACGCUGGUCAAGAUCGUGUCUCGAUAUGACAUUAUAUUGAUUCUGGAGGUGGUGGACGUGAGCGGAGCUUCUGUUAAGGUGUUCUUGAAAGAACUCAAUAGCGUCAACACUGAGCAUCACUACACUCUUAAGAUCAGUGUCCGCCUGGGAAGGAACAGAUACAAGGAGCAGUUCUUAUUUCUCUACAGGGAUGAUGUAGUUGACCUGAUUGACUGCUAUCAGUAUGAAGAUGCCCAGGUGAACGAUUUGGAUGCUUUUGCCAGAGAGCCUUACAUUCUGCACUUCAGACCACACAACACAGUGCUGAAGGACAUCGUGCUGAUCCCAGUCCACACCAAACCGUGCGACUCAGAGAAAGAGCUUGAUGAACUCUAUGAAGUCUUCCUGGCCGUCAGAAACAAAUGGCAAACCGAUAACAUCAUGAUCCUGGGGGACUUCAACGCAGACGGGGCGUACGUCUCUGAUGAGCAAAUGAAGAAGAUCCGCAUCCGCAGUGACAAGAAUUUCCACUGGCUGAUUGGCGACGACGUGGACACCACUGCAAACACAGGCAACGAACACACCUACGACAGGAUUGUUGUGUAUGGACAAGACAUGCUUGCAGCCAUUGUGCCAAACUCAGCCAAGCCAUUUAAUUUCCAUGAAGAGUUUGCUUUGACGGAGGAAAUGGCUCUAAGGGUGAGUGAUCACUAUCCUGUUGAGGUUGAAUUAUGCUGCUCCUCUCCUGUGUGGACAGCUCACAGAGAUCACAGGAGUGCACCGGAUGACAGAGCUGUCACAGUGAGCCCCCAAGAGACCUUGCAGAUUCAUGUGCUGACACUGAAGAAGGAAAAUCUCCUGCUGGAACGAGAAAAGCUCCGUCUUCAGAUCUGCCUGCUGAAACAGAAGCUUGGUUCACUGCCAAACUGCAGCAGUGAUUGGAAAAUUGGAAAUUAAAUUGUUUGAGCUCCUUGUGUUGUUGCCACCUUCCUUUGUUUCUGUGUGAGCGCUGAUGCCUAACAAACAGAGCACAGGCACUACCACGGUUCUGUGUCUGCGCAUAAAACAAGUAAAAAACUUUGAUCUCAUGAA